AUGGCUUCCAGGAGUACGCCACACUUCAAGCCCCCGUUGACCAUCAUCAUCCCAUACGGGCUGAAGAGUUGGCUAGAAUGUCUUUGCAGAGCCAUAUUCAUUGAGGGACCAAGGCAGAUACCGGAAUUUAUUGCCGCCUAUUGCGUUGAGCUGCUGGAAUUUAGAGAACGCAAUCCUUUGAUGGAUACCAAGGAUGUUACACAUCUGUACCAGGAGAUACGGGAGGCAAAUUACGUCAAAGACUGGAUAGUAUGCCCAGUGCCACAAGCUGCCAUAGACUGCUGCCUGACUGAGGAGACCCUGUCAGUCAGCCAGAGGACCAAUCCAAGGUCGUUCAAGGUCCCCUCCAGCAAGCCCAUGGGUGAGCCAGAUAAGCAGGUUCAGACUCUGAGCAGUCUCCCUGGAGAAACUCACCAUAGAACCCACCCUGGAGAUGGACCUCAGUCCAGCCCAACCGACCUUGGAGGUCAACCCAGCCCAGAUGUGGAAGAGGAGGCCCAGGCCCGGCCAGGCUCUGCUGUGCAGUCAGUCAUGUUCCAGAGAGCUCCAUCAUUGGACAGUCUACUCGAGGCCAACCACUCUCAAGUCUUGAUCAGCGCUCCAACCGAUGACGUCAUCGUCGCCCACUCUGCGAACCUUCAGGAGACCAUUGUCUUCCGAAGCAACAGUCGUCCAUAUUCAGAUGUAUCUCCCCGAGGUAGUUUGACUAGGAUUCCUUCGGUUGGUGAGGUUGUUAAGAUCGGGGUGAAUGACACAACCGAGGUGAUGUCUGAUGUGGUGGUGUUCCACCAAGUGCCCUCAGUGGAGAACCUGCCCUGCACGCCGUCUGCCUUGAGUAAUACCUCUUUAGCUGUUGAGGAAACAGUGGAUCAGUUGAUGAGAAGCAGAGAAUUCUUACUGGAGAAUGUGGUGUCUGGCUCGCCGUCCAUUAAGUUGGUGGCUUCAGCUGCAGCUUUGCAGCAGGCAAACACAGAGAAAGUAUCCUCCUCAGAGAUAGUGGGAGUCGGCGCAGCACGGAGAGUGUCCUCAGUCAGGAUACCCAGUAGAGAGGAGAGUGUGGGGAGAACAACAGAGACACCAAAGAGAUACACAUCUCCACAAAUAUCUCUUCUGUCAGGUAUAAUAUUAAUCUAUACUAAAAAAUGA